CCAGGGCCCACUGGACCGCCUGCACACGCCCCCCAUGGCCGACUACCCGCGACGAGCCUCGUCUGCCAUCCCUCCGCCGCCCCCGCUGCCGCCAGCAAAGCAGCACGGCGGCCAGCCGCGCAGCUACUUCUCGCGCUUCGUGUCGCAGCCCUUCUCGGCGUACGGCUCGCGGCCGACGAGCGCCCAAAAGACGGUCGGAAGGCCCAACCCCCUCGUACCCCGGCUCCCAGGGAUCAGCUCGGGCUCGUCGCAGGAUGCGAGCCACAAGACGGGGCUGGACAUGUCCGCCCUGGACAUGAACCGCGAGCGCACCCACGCCAUCAUCGCCGGCCGCGACAUCCUGAAGACGAUCCGCGUGAAGGAUGCCAAGUGUGCCGAGGACAUCAACCUGCGGGCCGCCAUCAUCAACUACGCGGCCCACAACACGCGCCAUCGCGAGACCAUGGAGAUCCACGAUGUCAAGUGGUCGCAUGGCCAGUUCAGCACGCAUAUUGCAACCGCCGCCACCAAUGGCAAGGUCAUCCUGUACGACCUCAAUCGCGCUGGCAUGGAGCUAGCGCGGCUGCAUGAACACCACCGCCAGGUGCACAAGGUCGCCUUCAACCCCCAUCAGGGCUACCUGCUGCUGUCAGGCAGCCAGGACGCCACGGUGCGCCUGUGGGACCUGCGAGACAUGCGGAAGGAUGUCAUGACGUGUCCCAGCAGAGAGAAGUUUGCCGGCCUGAGCGAGGGCAUUCGCGACCUGCAGUGGUCGCCCACUGACGGCGUCGAGUUUGCCUUUGGCACUGACAAUGGAGUGAUUCAGCGCUGGGACUUCCGCCACGCCAAGGGGCCCAAGCUCAAGAUCAACGCCCACGAGCAGAAGAUAUGCACCUCGAUCGACUGGCACCCGGACGGCAAGCAUCUGCUGAGCGCCAGCACCGACCGGACCGUCAAGAUCUGGGACUUCUCCUCCGACACCCGCAGGCAAAAGCCGGCAUUUGUGCUGCGCACGCCGUACCCCGUCCACAAGGCUAGAUGGCGGCCGCCCUAUUGGUCCGACGAUUUCCACGACCAGGGCGCCUACCAGUGCACGCAGCUCGCCACCUCAUACAAUCGCGAUCACCCAGUCGUCCAUCUCUGGGACUUCAGGCGUCCCUUCUUGCCGUUCCGAGAAAUAAGCCGCUUUAACAGUGCGCCGUCAGACAUGCUCUGGCACUCUAGGGACUUCCUGUGGACUGUCGGCCGAGAGGGUGUUUUUGCCCAGACCGACGUCCAUUUCUCGCCCAAGGUCGUAGAUCGACGCAACAUGCAGGCCAUUGCCGUCUCUCCGACUGGCGAGGUUGGCGGGUUUGUGCAGAAGAGGCCGCGUCGAAGGCAGUCGGGUCUCGAGUACUCAUCUGUCGAAGACAGCUACACAACUGACCGGGAAAAACACAACAGCCCUGAAAAGAAUAGUCUGCGCAGCUCAGCAGACGACAGUGUGGACGACCGCUUUCUUAGCUCUUCGUUCAGACGUCACCAUGGCCGGACAUCCAGUAACAGAUCUACAAGGUCAUUCGGUAGCACCCCGCCUUCCUCGGACGUCGCUCCUAAGGUCAUGUUUCUAACCGAGUCCAUGGAAUUGCUUGGUGACUCUAUGAUGCCCAACCAAGUCGGGUUCAGAGGGGCUCUCCCUGGCGCAAUGAGCGUACAAGUCUUCACUUACCUUGCGCAGAAAUACAAGUCUAUACCGCUACCCGACCCGCCGACGCUGGAGUCGUACUACGACCUCUACCGUGUGUUUGAGCAGAACGCGGAGUACGCCGAAAGAGCGGCGUUCUACAGACUUGCUCAGUCAUGGAGAAUCAUUGGCGGGGCCGUCGCUGUAACCACAUUACAUCGAGCAGAGAGACAUAACAAGAGGCGAAUCGAUGAGAAGCGCCUGUUUUCGUCUGACACGCAGCCUCCGGUCGUCAAGGAUGGCACAGCAGCACAUGGCAGACCCGGCGGCAUCCCGAACCCCGCAGUUCGUGCGAUAUAUGGUCCCGAUAAAGAGCACCAUCACGCGCAACCUGAGAGCACGUCCAACCUGGCCACGCCCCUCGCACGGCCGUAUCAGGAUACAAAAACCGGCAGCACUCUCCCGUCAUUGCCUGACCCCGAUCACGACGAGAAUCUCAGCCUGCCCCCGGCUGCGGUUGGCCCACACUCGCAGGAGGAGAGGUUUCUUUCUCCGGAAACUGCAAUCAAACCCAGCGGACUGCGACGACCGAGCUUCAAUGGACCGGUGUGGAAUGCUAAUUCACUGAACGACCUGGAUGAGCGACGAGCGCAGAUCGGCAGCUGGCGGGCAGCCCCCCGGGCACCGCUCAAUCUGGAUCCUCCGAGCAGCCAGGGGAUCAGCAUUGCGAUCCCUCCGCGACUGGACCGCCAUGACUCGGACGAAAGCUUCGCCAUGUUCUCGGCCUCUACAGACUCUCAGAGAGGAAUAUCAGUGCCAAGCUCUUUUGCCAGCAGCAAGUCUUACCCUCGAAGCAUGGGGUCUAUUCCCGAGAAGUGGCAACAGCAGGAUAAAUCAAGCUUCGGCAGCAGCCAGCCGACGCAGUCUAAUCAGCCUGGGCCGCAAGAACCUGGCAACAGCGGGCUGACCGGAAGCUUUGGACGGUCUGUGGAUUAUUCUCCGACCACGAAGCCCGUGGGGGCAGGCACAAACGAAUCUAGGCCCGUCGAACGGCUAGGGACGGGCCGCAAUGACACGGACCGGCAUCUGGAAUAUGCAAGUCGGGACAAAGCCAUCCAAGAUAUCGAGACAUUGCGGCGGAACAACCAGCUUCUUCGCCACGACAGCUCCGAAUCCGAGGCCUUUAGCAGAGAUGGACUUUCGGAGGCCUCGGCUGACAUGUCGCACGAGAACAUGGAAGCGAGUGGUACAAUUGUUCCAGACGGCCCAUUUGACGACGUGCUCUCGCCGCAAUCCCUCAGACCCACUGCCGGCCUUUCCCCAGCAAACAGCGCGCCGCCACCGGCAGACCCACAAAUCGACGAGCCAAUCCUGCUCGCCGACUUCCAAGCAGCCGACAUCGAUGAGCCAUCGGAUACGCUCACCGUGCUCAAUCUCCUCCGCCAGACCCUGCAAUUCCACACCGACACCCUCUCCGACGCUCAAACGUCGUCCCUCCUCAUCCUCCUGCUCUCGCCCCUGCUGCCCCGGACAUCCCACUCCGCCACCGACCCCGCCACCCUCGCAACCUACGCCGACCACCUCUCCACGCUCGGCCUCUCCCCGACCCAAAUCGACACCAUCCUCUCCAAGCGUCUGACCCCCCUGCUCGAAACGGGCCUCAACCCCUACCAGGCCGAAGCCGUCCUCAGCACCUACCACGCGCAGCUGCACGCGCUCGGCCUCUUCAACGCCGCCGCUUCGCUCCGCCGCCUGGCCUACCCCCUCUACCCCGGAGUCUAUGAGCAGGCGCUCAAGGACACGCAGCUCGGCCUGCUCUGCCUGAGCUGCAAGAGCCCCAUCAACAACCCGCGCGACAAGAUGCGCUGCGAGACGUGCCGGCGCGCGCAGGCGCCGUGCCCCGUGUGCUGGGGCGCGUACCCGGCGUUCGAGGGCGCCGUCAAGGCGAAGAAGGCGCGGCUGCGCAGCUCGGCGGCGGACGUCUCGCGGCAGCAGCGCAAACGCUCGUCGCUUUUGCCGCUGCUGCCGUCGCUCGACCCGGGGAUUGUGGAGGAAGCGGAGGCGGAGGCGCUGGCGGCACCGAGUGUGCCGCAGCUGGCGCACGCGACCCCCCGCGCGGUGCUUUGGACGUGGUGUCCCCUCUGCGGCCAUGGCGGGCAUACCGCGUGCUUGAGCGCGUGGUUUGCGGAUGUGGCCAUGGCGGAGGGCGCGUGUGCGACUGAGGGGUGUUUGUGUGAUUGUGUGCCGGGGAGGAGACGGGAGGAGAGGGUGAGGGAGGCGGUAGGGAAGAAGGCGGAGAGGGAAAGGACGAGGCCGGUUAGGGGGGAUGAGUGGAGGGUUGGAGAGAGUAAGGCGGCGGGCGCGGCAAGUCGAGUGCUAGCAUCUGUGGGCGGGGAUGGUCAGGGGCCAGGGAAAGGUGAGGGCGCGGGGAGGAGAGUGAGGGUUGUGGUGCCGGUUGAGAAGGGGGGGCGGUUUGGGGUUGGGGAGGUGGAGAAGUAGGUACUUUUGAGGGCACUCUAAUCUGGAUGGCUUGGAGGUAGCGGUUGUCGUCACAGAUUGGACGGCGAGCGAGGUGCUGCGUUGUACGAUACCCGAUCCCACGGAAAGGGAUCCGUCCGGAUUGUACAACACCCAUAACAUCAAAUAAACAAUAUAAUCAUAAUCAUCCAGGUCCAUAAUCACCAGUCC